AUGUCAACCACAAGCAGCACGACCGAAAAGAUCGAUGGUCCGGCACUUGCAGAUGUUGGAGAAAAGCGGGAAAGUAAAGGAGAUGUAGAACAUGGGAAUGAACAAGUCGAGGCUCCUGAUGAGGUGGGAGAGUAUCCACAAGGAUUCAGACUUGCCAUGGUGAUUCUGGCUCUCGUACUGGCCGCCGUUUUCCUGGUCGCUCUCGACUUGACGAUUGUCGCUACAGCUAUACCUCGCAUCACAGACGAAUUCCACAGCUUAGAUCAGAUUGGAUGGUAUGGUUCGGCAUUCUUCCUCACUUUAGCUUCGUUUCAGUCCUCCUGGGGCAAGGUAUACAAGUUCUUUCCAAUCAAAACAUCUUUCAUGAUUGCAAUUGCAAUUUUCGAGCUAGGCAGCUUGAUCUGUGGGGUUUCUCGGAACAGCAUCAUGCUCAUUGCAGGCCGAGCUAUUGCGGGCCUCGGGGCCUCAGGCAUUUCGACGGGCUGUUACACCAUUGUUGCGUUUGCAGCGCCUCCGAAACUGCGUCCCGCGCUCACCGGUAUAAUGGGGGCAACCUUCGGGGCUGGCAGUGUUGUUGGGCCUCUAUUGGGUGGUGUUUUCACGAGCAGUGUCUCUUGGCGAUGGUGUUUCUAUAUCAAUUUACCCAUUGGUGUUCCAUCGAUCGUCGUUAUCCUGCUCUUGUUCAAGACGCCAUCAAAAGCGCAACCUUUGAAGGCUCCACUGCUGGAAAAGUUCUUGCAAAUGGACUUCACUGGAACCGCCUUGAUCAUGGCAUCCACAAUUUGUUACCUUCUCGCCAUGGAAUGGGGUGGUACUACCAAAGCUUGGAACUCGGGUUCCGUAGUUGCUGUAUUGGUUCUUUUCCCAGUACUGAUAAUCAUCUUCAUACUGAAUGAAUGGUGGCAAGGUGAGAAAGCACAACUCACUUUCAGGAUAUUGAAGGAUAGGGCUAUGCUAGCAAUUUGUCUGUUUGCUUUCUUCUUUGCUGGUUCUUUCUUCACUUUACUCUACUACUUGCCCAUCUACUUUCAAGCCAUUGAUGGAGUUUCUGCGCAAGCAUCUGGUGUGCACAACUUGCCUCUCAUCAUAGCCAUGACAAUUACGAGUAUUGCUUCUGGUGGACUGAUUUCCGCUUUCGGCUACUACCUCCCAAUUCUUGUUAGCGGUGGAGUAGUGACCACAAUCGGCAUGGGCCUGAUCUAUACUCUCGACAUAGGCUCAAAGUCUUCACACUGGAUCGGGUAUCAGGUUAUAGCAGGCUUAGGAGUAGGAUUUGCGUUCCAAGUCCCGCAAAUCGUCGCCCAGUCCAUUUGUGAACUUUCUGAAGUCUCACAGUACACUGCCAUAAGCCUCUAUGCGAUCUUUUCAAACAAACUCGUUCAGCACCUGCAAGUCAACGUUCCUGAUAUCGACCCCAAGAUAGUGAUUGGACUUGGCGUCACGCAGUUCCGAAACUCGUUACCUGCAGCUGCUCUCCCUGGUGUUCUGUUGUCUUAUAUACAGAGUCUACAUGCUGAUUUUAUCUUAGCUACUGUGUUGGUUGCGGUGGCUACACUGGUCAGCUUGAUUGCGAAGUGGGAGAAGAUUAAGCUCAGAAUUUGAGGUACAUGGUCUCGGGCUGUGAUCUCAAACCGGGAAAAUGGGGAAAUAUAGGUACAUUAGCAGGAGGUGGGCUACUACAGGGGGGUAGUUCUCUAUAGGUAUUUGUGGUGGGAAGUUUGGCUCCUUCAUUUCUGAAUCUGUGCUCCUCUCUUGGAGUCAUUGUACCGUAGAAAUUG